CCACAUAACCCAUUCCAUAUUCCAUACAAGAAUCUCCGUACUUCCUCCACUUCUCUUUUCGGAGUCCAAAUCCAAAACCCUAUACUAUUCUUCAAAAUCCUUACGACAAAACCCUGAUAACUGAUUUACUUCUGGCUUUGCAAUAAAAAAGUUAUGUCGAAGGAAUUCGCGGUGCCGCCUGUUAUUUUUCCUUCCGGCGGCAACCCCGCGGUCGGUGCAGCCUCCAACACGCAGCAACGCCGGGUUCCAAUUGUACCGUUUCAGCCUCCAAGACCUUCAAACUCCGGAAUCCCCUUCAUGUCAUUUGACAUUGGUUCGACCUCAGCAUACGGCGCGGGUCCCAUUGGCGGUGGGCUUACAGCAUCAUCCGGCGCUGCGAACUUCGACGACGAAGAGCCACUCCUCGAUGAGCUCGGCAUACAUCCUGAUCAAAUCUGGAGCAAGACAAAAUCAAUUAUGAAUCCCUUCCGUGUCAACCCCACAGUCCACCAAGAUUCGGAUCUAUCUGGUCCAUUCUUCCUCUACUUCUCUCUUUGCUUAUUUCAACUACUCGCCGGGAAAUUCCAAUUUGGUGUGAUUUUGGGCUGGAUUGUGGUAUCCUCGAUUUUUCUAUAUGUGGUGUUCAAUAUGUUGGCUGGGAGGAAUGGCAAUUUGAAUCUGCAUACGUGUACCAGCGUUCUUGGCUACUGUUUACUGCCGGUGGUGAUGUUAUCGGCUUUUUCUCUUUUCACGCCACAGGGCGGGCCAAUCAUCUUCAUAAUCGCAGGGGUUUUUGUCAUUUGGGCAACUAGGGCUUGCACGAAUCUAAUGGUGGCCGUGGCUGAUGGUGGAGAGGAACAUCGUGGAUUGAUUGCGUACGCUUGUUUCUUGAUUUAUACUCUGUUUUCGCUGCUUGUUAUAUUUUAAUGAGAAUAGUGUACAAUUUGGAAUAGGAUUCGAUUUUCUUUUCUGUAGUUUAAAGAAAUUGUAGUUUGGGUUGGAAUUAUUUUUCCCAGCUAAAGAUGAACAUAAAAUCUAAUAUGCGCUGACAUUUGGUAUCAUGAUUUUCUGGUUAAACAGUAUAUUGUAGAGAUGAGAAAUACCUGAAAAUUGACGCUGAUUUCCCUUGGUUCA